AUGGACACGCUCGUGGCGCGUCUCCAAGACACGCUUUCGAGUGACCAGGCGACGCGUGAUGCGGCGGAGCAGUAUUUAGCACAUGAGACGCUCCCCAAAAGUGGCACAGACGACGUGCUGGGUGUCCAACUGGCGCAGAUCUUAUCGGAGGCGUCCCUGUCUCUCUUUGUGCGACAGGCAGCUGCUAUUGCGCUAAAAAAGUACGUGCGCAAGCGCUGGUCUAUCUUUUUUGAUACAUUUACGCAAGAUAUGGUGGUGAAUGGCAUUGUACAGACUGUGGAUGCCACACCGGUCGAGGCAAAAGAACACAUUCGCACGUCUCUUUUGGCCUGUCUGUGCGAUGCUGAGCCGAAGGUGCGCAGCCAGGCAUCAGAUAUCCUCUCUUUGAUUAGCAGCUGUGACUUUCCAGACCAUUUUCCACAGCUUCUGCCUACACUACAAGGGUACCUUCAUUCUUAUACUGAACAGGACGCUCAUGCGGCGUACAAGGUCCAUGGCGCGAUGAAAUUCCUUCUCGACUUGGUCCAUGUGGAACUGGACGAGAAUCAACUGCUGAUGGUGGCGCAGCAGCUGGUGCCUUUGCUCCAGGGUAUUGUAAGCAGCUCCAGUGACUGGAUUACGCCUCACACACGGGCGCGCUGCAUCAAUGUGUUCCACCAGUGCCUCAUCUCGCUCUAUAUGGCAAAGGAUACGUACGUUGAUACGGUGCAUAUGGUCACGACGCACUACCUUCCACCCUGGCUCCAGGGCAUGCAGGUGCUCAUGUCACCCGACUUUUUCAACUCGGCGAAUUGGCAGGAGCCUGUGACAUGGGAGAUGCUAGGCUUGCGUCACGAAAUCGUCGCAUUCCUUGGAACGGCCUCGCACUUUCGAAACAUUUUUCAGGAAUACGCACCGACUUUGCUGCGCCUUGUCAUUGCUCAACUCCAAGCCAUGGUACCGCUUUUUAUCGAGUGCCAUAUGCUUGACAACAUAUCGUUUCCGUCCUCUGUCGAGGCCGAUGCGGAUGUGGCAUGCAGCGUGUCUAUGCUAGCCGAGAGCUGCUUUACGUUUCUCACUCGCCAGAGUCGUGCUGCUGCUAUGCGAGACGUUUGUGUUCAGGGCGGUGUUGGCGGCGAUGGUGCCGCCACAGACACGCUGCAUACACUCCUGGUACUCAUGCGCACGUACGCACAAGUCACGAACGAAGACGUUGAGACGUGGGAAGCGGAUCUGAAUGCGUAUGUGGAACAGGACGAUGCAGAAAAUGUCCUAGCAGGACUUCGACCUGCGAUCUCCGACUUGCUGGAAAAUAUGCUCGACUCUUUCCCCCUGCCGGUGCUGCGCCAGCUGCGUGUGUGCGUCGAUGGCAUAUCUACGGCGCAGGCGCACGCUAAGGACGCCUGGUGGGUCCCCAUCGAGGCCCAACUCUGGCUCAUUGGUGCGUCGCAUGAGGCGGUGGAUGAUAUUUUGUUGGACCGCGACGACGCGGAUUUAUUGUCAAUACCGCGCAUGCUGGAGCUUCUGGUUUUACCGCAUCUCUCGAUGCAGGCGCCCAUAUACCUCUGUGGCCGGUGCUUUGUUUUUGCUUCGCAGUACGUCCAGGCACUUCCGCAGGAUGUGGCGCGGCGCAUUUUCGUGGCCGCCGUGGAUGUUGUACGUAUGCCGGACGCGUCUCUUCCCCUGAAAUUGUCGGCAGUGCGAGCUAUAUGUAACAUCAAGAUGGACCGUGCUGAAGCUACUGGGUCGGACGAUGCGGCUGUGUUGGAGCACUUUACCACGCUACUACCUGUCGCAACACACUCGACGCUCGUGCUUCUUCUAGACACGCUCGAAGCCUUUAUUCCCCGGGACAAGUCCAGCUCGCUGUCUCUCGAUGUGCUGCAGCGCAUGACCGAAGCCAUCCUGCUGUCUUGGCGACAUCACAUGUCGGAUCCUGCGAUUGAGUUGUCGAUUUCGUAUGUGCUGGAAUCGCUUCUCAAGUGCCCUGUACCUGGCUGCCCGGCCCAGACGCUUUACAUGAGCAUGCAGGCAUUCGCGCCUUGCUUAAGCGUGGAUGUCGAGCUCGGCGUGGCUCCGAGCGCGGCAGCGAUGAUCCGGAGUGUGUUUCGCGUUGCGGAUGCCGAGAUGCUGAGAGACGUUGUGUCUUUUGCCUUCCCGGCGGUGGCAUCGUACAUGCUUGUGGGCGAGGAUGUCGAGGCACUCCAGAGUCUGAUGCAAAGUCUUGCGAUCCUUUGUGAGAAGUGCCCACAUGACAUCUUGGGGUGGCACGACGAGCACGACACCCCGUCUCUACAGAUUCUCUUGCGUAUCAUUGAGCGUCUGCUGUGCAUGGACGAGCAAGUUUGUGGACAGGCCUUUGGCAAGUUCCUUGUUGCGCUGUUUGCACAGGCAGGCAGCAUGUUGGCGCCGGUGAUGCCUGCGCUGCUACAUGCUUUGGUCGCCAAGCUGGCGCAGGCAACGAUGCCAGACUGCACACUCACCCUGCUGUACGCGUUAGCGUACCUGAUGGCGCACCACGCCGAGGCUGUUGUGGCCCAGCUGGCUGCGACCGAGCUGGAGGGUGGCGAGUCUGCGCUUGUGACAUUUGUGCGUCGAUGGCUUGCCGAUGUGUUGUAUACCACGACGCCUGACAUGCUUCAGGAGCACAUGACCGCCCUGAUGCAACUCUUUCAGCACUGGACACCGUCGCUGCAGCAUCUCUUUGUGGAUGGCGACGUUCUCCCUGCGCCGGACCAUGUGAUCAUGACUCGCUCGCGUACCAAGGCCUACCAGCAGUAUGAGCAGAUUCCCGCGUCGACCAAGGUACUCAAGCUUCUACUGCAAGAGUACGCGACGAGUCGAAAGCUUCUGGACGAGGCGCAUGCUAGGGACGUGCAGGCCAAGGCACCGCUCGAAGAGCAGCUGGAUCAUGAUGAGUGGUCGGACGAGGAUGACGUGGACUUGGGCCUGGAUAUCAACUGGGCCGACUUCCAGGACGAAGAGGAGGAGGGGGAUGUCAUGGACGAGGCGGACGUGCGUGAGGCAUUGCGUGCGGUGGGCAUCGCGGAUGUCCCAUCAGGUAUCCGCACGCGCCGCGAUGUCGACCGCGUGCGCAGGACGCACUGCCUGGCGCAGUUUCUGCGUUCGCUCGACGCGCGUGUCCCGUAUGUGGGCGAAGCUGUGUCGCAUCUGAAUGCCACAGAGAGGGCGUGUCUAUCGUCACUGUGA